AUGGCGGAGCGCAGGAGGAAGAAGCACGCAGAGGCGGGUCCGGAGUCGCCCUCGACCUCCCGCGCCGGGGCUGGGGAGCCCGAGCCGGAGAAGCAGCCGCGCGUGGACGAGGCCCGUAGGCGCCUGGCCGGCCUCGCGCAGCUUCUGCCCGGCGUCCUGGAGCAGCUCUGCGAGAAGGCACGCGCUCUGCCGCAGCUCCGGACCCGCCGCGGCGCCGGGCUUAGCCUCGCUGCCUUUCUGGGAAUUUUGCAUUGGAUACAUUUAACAACACUUUUUGAGAAUGACCGUCAUUUUUCUCACCUCUCAACUUUGGAACGGGAGAUGUCUUUUCGCGAUGAGAUGGGACUUUAUUAUUCUUACUUCAAGACCCUUAUUGAAGCACCUUCAUUUUUGGAAGGCCUGUGGAUGAUUAUGAAUGACAGACUUACUGAAUAUCCCCUUGUAAUUAAUACAGUGAAACGAUUCCAUCUUUAUCCAGAGGUAGUCCUAGCUUACUGGUACCGCAUAUUCACAGGAAUAACAAAUUUAUUUGGUAUAGAAACUAAGGCCUGCUGGAAUGUGACCAGAAUGGGAGUUCCUAGUGAAGUGGAGAGCUGUGAAGGAUUGGGAGACCCUGCUUGCUUUUAUGUGGGUGUGAUUUUUAUCUUGAAUGGGCUCAUGAUGGCAUUGCUGUUCAUCUAUGCUACAUACUUGAGUGGGAGUCAAUUAGGAGGUCUAAUUACAGUACUGUGCUACUUUUUCAACCACGGAGAGGCCACCCGUGUGAUGUGGACGCCGCCUCUCCGCGAAAGCUUUGCAUAUCCGUUCCUGGUGCUUCAGAUGUAUAUUUUAACCAUGAUUCUCAGGACCUCCAACAAUUAUGGAAAAUACUCCAUUCCUUUCUGUCUUGCCAAUGUUGCUUUUAUGCUUCCCUGGGAAUUUGCCCAGUUUAUACUUUUUACACAGGUAGCCUCAUUAUUUCCCAUGUAUGUCGUGGGGUACAUUGAGCCAAACAAGUUUCAGAAGAUCAUUUAUAUGAAUAUGGUUUCAAUUGUCCUGUGUUUUAUUUUGAUGUUUGGAAAUCCAAUGUACUUGUGCUCUUAUUAUUUUUCGUCUUUGUUAAUCACAUGGUUGAUAAUUUCAAAGAGAAAUAAAAUUCAUAAAUUGGCAUUUUCUGAACUCAACUUUUGGCUAAUUCAAGGUUGUGGUUGGUGGCUUGGAACAAUCAUUAUGAAACUUCUGACAUCUGAAAUCUUAGGUGUUUCAGACCAUAUUAGCCUGACUGACCUUAUAGCAGCCAGAAUCUUACGGUAUACAGAUUUUGAUACCUUAAUGUACACAUGUGCUCCUGAAUCUUAUUUCAUGGAAGAAGAGACUCCAAUGAGGUACAUGAAGACAUUAUUGCUUCCAGUUGUUGUGAUGAUUACUUAUUUUAUCUUUAAGCAGACUGUGCAUGACAUUUUAUGUGCCUUAUCUACAAACACUUGCCAAAGAAAACAGCUCCUUGAACAUGGUGAGCUGGUUUUUCACACAUUGCAGUUGUUAGCAUUUUCAGUCCUUGCCAUUUUGAUUUUGAAGCUGAAGCUGUUUUUGACCCCGCACAUGUGUGUUAUGGCUUCCUUGAUCUGCUCUCGACAGUUCUUUGGCCGGCUUUUUCGCAGAUUUCGUUUUGAGAGUGUUGUCUUUGGCAUUCUAACAAUGAUGUCAAUACAAGGUUGUGCAAACAUACAUAGUCAGUGGAGCAUAAGAGGAGAGUUUACUAAUAUGCCUCAGGAAGAACUUAUACAAUGGAUCAAUUACAAUACCAGACCAGAUGCUGUUUUUGCAGGCACCAUGCAGACAAUGGCGAGUGUCAAGCUGUCCACACUGCACCCCAUUGUGAACCACCCACACUACGAGGAUGCAGACUUGAGGGCCCGGACAAAAAUAGUUUAUUCAGUGUAUAGUCGAAAAUCUGCAAAAGAAGUGAGAAAUAAAUUGUUGGCAUUACAUGUGAAUUAUUAUGUUUUAGAAGAAGCAUGGUGUCUUUGGAGAACCAGGCCAGGUUGCAGUAUGCUGGAAAUCUGGGACCUGGAAGACCCUUCCAACUCCGCGAACCCCUCCCUCUGCAGCAGCCUGCUCAAGGAUGCAAGGCCGUACUUCACCACCGUGUUUCAGAACUCUUUGUACAGAGUGUUGAAGGUUAACCGGGAAAGAGACCACAUCAGCCUCUUCUGAUGGCAAGAGGACAUCAAAGAUGCACACGUAACAGUCAAUAAAACCACAGUCCUUAAUAAGAGUUGAUUAAAAUAUGAGAUGAAGAAUGGCUUAAAGUUUUUCUGAUUACUAAAAGCAAAUUUAUUGUUUUUCAUUGAAUGCCUGCCUUGUUAAACUUGUCACAUACACAGUUUUACUAACACUCAGGUAAGAUUUUUUGUAAUUUGUAUUAAAUUUUAAAAAUGUUUUCUAGUCAGAGUGUUUUUUUUUUUUUAAAGAACUUGCCUUGUAAUAUUUUGAAUCUCUAGAAAUUUGCUUACCCGAACAGUGAGUAUUUCCUCCUGACUGGUUCUCAACCUAAGUUCAGCAGGUAUUAGCCUGUCUUUAGAACCCUGUGAUUUUUCUGUUAAUAUCUGAGUAAAAUGAAAAUUGUUAAAAUACACAGCCAAAUUUGUGGCUAAACAUAAUGAGAAGGAACACCGAGUUAGAUUUAUCGAAUGAGAUUAUCAGAUGCUAAAUCUCAAAUGAAGCAAAGGCCCUUUCCAUUUUAAUGGCCCUGUGACAUUUUGGUUACAGCCUUUGUUCCCAGCCACCAUCUUUUGUGAUAUACAACUGGAAGCCUUCACUUCUGUUUGAUUUUGGAUGAGGAAGGUCAUGAUUUUAUAAACCCUUUCCCCCAUAAAAAGCUCCCAACAAUAAUGCUUUGAAAAAUAAUGGUAAAUAAGUAGUUGUCUGGAAGAUAUAGUAGCCAAAUACAGAGUAAAACUUAACUCUUUUUCUCUGCCUGGUAAAUACUAAAUAUGCUGAGUCUGUAAUAUCUUAACGUGUAUCUACAAGUUAAUCAUUUUGAAGUUCGUAUAUUUAUACUUCCCUUACAUUUUUGGAAUAAUAAAAUGCUUUAAUUCGAUAGGUAGUUCAUUUGUAGUAGACAAGCAAUCAUACACAGAAAAAAAGUAAAAUUAUUUUUUCAAGCUUUGUAGUUGUAAAGUGUUUUAACAUAGAAUGCAAAAUAGCUAAAAAAGAAUGCCACAUUCUAAUUUAUUUUAGCAUUUUCCAAUAAUGUUUUUGAUGUAAGUGUGGAACAAAGAACAAAAGCCUAAUGCCUAACAUUCGUAAAAUUAGAGAAACAUGUUUGGGAUGGUGUUUGCAUAGAGAAUGUUUUAAAGAAGCUGCAGGGGUCAACAAAAAAGGGAUGAGUUAUAUUGAACUAAGAAACUGUUACAUAUGUGUAUUAUGGUUCCAUAUAUGGAUUUUUAUUUUCUUGUACUAUGAAUGUUAAGUAAUUAUAAAAGUCCUUUAAAAUCC